GUCUCAAAGAUGGUGGGGCGGCAGCUUGAAGAGUGAACGGCGCAUGCGUGGUGACGUCAGCCGUACCCUCUGACCUGGAAGCUGUUCCAUUGCCCCGGUUGCUGUCGCCCGUGAAGGAGCCGCCACCGCCGCCAUGUCGGACAACGAGGACAAUUUUGAUGGAGAUGAUUUCGACGAUGCCGAUGAAGAUGAGGGGAUGGAUGAUCUGGAUAACGUGGAGGAGGAGGACCGAGAGAAUGUGGAGAUUCUUCCUGCAGCAGAUGGCCAGCAGGCCAAUCAGAAAAGGAUCACAACGUCGUACAUGACCAAGUAUGAAAGAGCCCGAGUCCUGGGAACACGCGCUCUUCAAAUAGCGAUGUGUGCACCUGUCAUGGUGGAGUUGGAAGGGGAGACAGACCCUCUGCAGAUCGCAAUGAAAGAACUGAAAGCACGAAAAAUUCCAAUCAUUAUCCGAAGAUACCUGCCAGACGGAAGCUAUGAAGACUGGGGAGUGGAUGAGUUGAUAAUUACAGACUGACACAUGCUUGCUACUCGGGCACUUUGCACAUGUUUCCUGUAUUUAAAAACUUUUUUUGUUUUAUACUUUGCUUUUUUGUACAAUAAACAUUGAUUCCCAAUGA